UUUCCUGCGUGUCAUGCUGGGUUUUUUUCCGGUGGAAAACAACAACAACCUGUUGGAGGAGUUAACGCUGAAGAAUAGGCGGCAGCAUGUUUUCUACCGUGAGGGAAAGGGUUGGGGAGGUGCUGUUACCGGGGGACGAGUUCUCCUUCGAGGCCGAAGAGAAAAUUUCUCUGACGGCGCCGGUGAAGUCGGAGAAGGUGGUGUGCGGUCCGGGCCUGCGGCGCUGCGGUGACCGGCUAGUGGUGUUUAAGAGCGGCGUGCUGCGACACAAGGAGCCCAACGUGUUCUGGAUCGAUUCCCAACAGAGAAGGUAUGUCCCAGCUAAAGGAGAGAGCAUCAUCGGGAUCGUCACCGCCAAAUCUGGAGAUGUCUUCAAGGUGGAUUUCGGAGGGAGUGAGCAGGCGUCUCUGUCCUACCUGACAUUCGAAGGGGCGACCAAGAGGAACAGACCCAACGUCCAGGUGGGUGACCUGGUGUUUGCUCAGUUCCUCAUAGCCAAUAAGGACAUGGAACCAGAGCUGGUGUGUAUUGACAGCUCAGGACGAGCCAAUGGGAUGGGAGUGUUUGGAGCAGGAGGUCUGCUAUUCAGAGUCUCUCUCGGCCUCGUCAGAAGGCUGCUGGCACCCCACAGCGACAUCCGCUCAGACCUCGAGCAGCUCUUCCCGUGUGAGCUCGUGGUCGGGAUGAACGGACGCAUUUGGGUCAAAUCGGCCACCGUGCAGCAGACGCUGAUCAUCGCAAACCUGCUGCAGAGUGCCGAAACCAUGACGGCUCAGCAGAGACAGCAGCUGUUCAGGAAGGUCCAGCAGGGGGCGUUCUAGACGACUUCUGACCUCCAGCACAUGGACUGAACCAGCAGAGGCCACACUGUAGACCACUUCAGACCUGAGUCCAGGUGUAAUGCUGCAGUGAUGUCACUCCUGGGCUCUGUGACAUCACACUGAGCGUGGCUGCAGCUGUUCAGUGUUUAAAGGAUCAUUACAUGUUUUCACAUGGAGCUCCAGUCUGAACAUUUUUGAAAAGCAGAUGUUAAAGAACCAAAAACCACAAACAUGACAGACUAUCAGGAUGAAAAUAAAUAAAACUGGGGGGGGUAAUUUUAAAAAAUGUAUAAAAAUGUCAAAAUUAUAAAUGUUCAGAAAAGUUGAUGAUUGUCCAAAGAGCGGCUCCUUCCUACAAUCCUGGAGCAGUUUGGUGACAGUCUGUGCCUUUUUCACCAUGAUGGAGCACCACGUCACAAGGUAAAGUGAUCCCUCAGAGUUUCAAAGAUCUGCAAAUUAAUAUCUCAGAUCCAGGACCAGAAAAUUCCACAAGUCUUAAUGAGAUUGAGAAUCUGUGAUCAGCUGGAGCGCUGAUGAGGCAGGAAUGGAUCUCCAGUACAUUACGGAGAUCUGUAGAGGUUACAAAGAAGGGUCAACUCUGUAAAUACUAACUCUGUGCAUACAUUUGAUUUAUUUGCCAAUAAAAGCCUUUGAAAUUUA